GGCCGACGAUGGACCCUGAUAACGCCAAGGCUCCGCUAAGCCAAAGCGGCAGGCAGAUGUCACUCCCCUGCACACAAAAUGCCUUGCCUGCGCUACCGACUGUGGACACUGUGCCGCACCAAGCUAAGCUAAACCCGACAACAGACGCGGCAGCAGCAGCUCGUUGUGAUCAAGGCCUAGGACCAGUAGCAUUCAAGCCGAUAGCUUCAAGCUUUUUUCCACCUGCACAAUUGGCAACACCACUCCGUGCUUCGGUCAACGAGCAAUUGUCCCGCGUCACCGUUCGAGAGCCCGAACUCAAGCCUCGAAUCGCCUCGUCGACGAAACAUCAUCCGAUCGGUCCCCGGCCUCUUGGAUCACACCCCGUGGCUUUCCCCACUGAGGUCUCGGAGUACGAAAGCUAUCUCGCCGCCUUUAACCAAUUUUCUUGGCCGCCAGCGAACCAGACAGGAUCCCCGUUCAUUGAUCGCUCCUGGAAAACCCCGCCCUCCUCCGACUGGCCCCUCAAGGAGGAAGGAAUUCGAUCGGCUCGCGCCGUGCGUCUGCGACGACCCAAAGCUAUCCAAGUCACCGCCACCUCGGGACCGGCGCGAAAGGAUACCUUGGUAGUGCCAUAUACUGCCCCUAGCGCGCGAGCCCUCCCCUCUGCUCCGCCUCUGCCGCCACCGCACAGAGAGUCGCUGCCGCAACUCCCCAGGCCGCCGCCUUCGCCUGACAACAACAGCCACCACGUACUGCCAGACAAGGUCCGCCCACGCUCGUCAUCCGUCGCGGACCCGGAUCAGGCGCCGCCUCCGCUCGCAAUCAUGAACGGCAUGAACGGCGCCAACAUGGGCGUCGGCAUGGUCGGCCCCACCCCGGCCGGCCACCAGCAGGAGCUUAGCCACAUAUACGGCAUGGUCGACGAUCUGAGCAGCCAGCUGGCGGAGAACAGGAGGGUGCUGGAGGAGGUUGUAUCGUUGGUCGGCAGGAUCAGGGCGCGCGCCAGGCAUCAGAACCUAUCGAAUCAGGAAAUAAUCGCCGGCGCCGACGACCCGAGCACAACCGAGAACCUUGACCGCCUCAUCUCCAUCCUCUCAGAAACCCUCGAAAAGGCACUGCACGAGCGGGACGCCAACUCUGAACUCCUGCAGCAGUAUGCCAACGUCAUGGCCAACAUGGUACGGCAGGCGCACGACCACAAAUCACGCACCGUGACGGACGUGUCGGCAUGGCACCGAUCGUACCGGCAGCAGCUGGCCGAGGCGCGCGAGGAGAACUCUCGGCUGCGCGAGCAGAUCUGGGACGUCCAGGAGCGGGCGGGACGGCUCAACGAGUCGGUGCGGCAGUUCCGCACCAGCUACGACGCGGACCCGUCGAGGUACGAGGCGCGCGUCGAGAACAUUGCCCUGCGCCAGGAGGUCCGGUUCUGGAAGCGCAUGGCCAUGCCCGACGUGCCCGAAGACGACCCCAUGUGGAGCGACGAUGACGACCUCAUCGACCCGGCCGAGACGGCCAGGCUGGCCGAGGUCGAGCGCGCCGCCGCCGCCAUGGCUGCCAGCCAGCAUCUCGCCGCCCAGGAGGAGGAGGAGAACCAGCUCAAGGAGGACGAGAGGCGCGCCGCGCUCGAGGCCGCCGGGGGUUCCUCGGGCGGCAGCGCCGACGGCACCGGCGACCUGGCCUCGAUGGGUCAGUCGGGUCCGCAAAGUGGUACUGGCGCGAGGGGAGUUCUCAUGCAGAGAGAAGGCGAGACGUCUUAGUCUCAACGUCAGCCUGGAAACUCGUGUAUUGCGAUGUAGCACUUCUUACGAUGUAUUUUUUUUUCUCUUUUGGGAAGCUGUUCAGUCCAAAUCACCAUACGACCAGGUCAGAGAGACUCUGGUUGAAUAAUAUCAUGAUGCAUAA